GCUCGGGUCGGGCGCGCGGUACCGACGCGUCCGCCCCAGGGUGCCACGACUGCCGCUCCCGGGGGCCCCGACGGGCGGGCGCGCUGCUCGGGACCCGUCGGCCCAAGACACGUGUCGCACUCACCGGUGUCGCCAUGUCCUCGGUGUUUGGAAAGCCCCGUGCGGGCAGCGGGCUGCAGAUCGCGCCCCUCGAGGUCAACCUGGCCAUCCUGGGGCACCGCGGGGCGGGCAAGUCCGCCCUGACCGUGAAGUUUCUGACCAAGAGGUUUAUCAGCGAAUAUGACCCCAACUUGGAGGACACCUACAGCUCUGAGGAGAUUGUGGACCACCAGCCUGUCCAUCUGAGGGUCAUGGACACUGCAGACCCGGAUACCCCCAGGAACUGCGAGCGCUACCUGAACUGGGCCCACGCUUUCCUGGUAGUUUACAGCCUCGACAGCCGCCAGAGCUUUGAGGGCAGCAGCAGCUACCUGGAGCUGCUGGCCCUGCACACCAAGGAGACACAGCGCAGCUACCCCACUCUGCUGCUGGGUAACAAGCUGGACAUGGCCCAGUACAGGCAGGUCACCAAGGCCGAGGGUGCGGCCUUGGCUAGCAGGUUCGGGUGCCUGUUUUUCGAGGUGUCUGCUUGCCUGGACUUUGAGCAUGUGCAGCACGUCUUCCAUGAGGCAGUGCGAGAGGUGCGGCGGGAGCUGGAGAAGAGCCCCCUGGCCCGGCCCCUCUUCAUCUCUGAGGAGAGGGCCCCUCCCCACCAGGCCUCACUCGCCACCCGGCACGGGCUGGCCAGCUGCACCUUCAACACUCUCUCCACUGUCAGCCUGAAGGAGAUGCCCACCGUGGCCCAGGCCAAGCUGGUCACUGUGAAGUCAUCCCGUGCCCAGAGCAAGCGCAAAGCUCCAACUCUGACCCUGCUGAAGGGCUUCAAGAUCUUUUGAGAGCUCUCCUCAGGAGCCCUGGCUUGACUGCUGGGCAGAGCUGCAGAACAGGGGCUGGUUUGUCACCACCAGUUUUUCCUCUGAUGGACCUCACCCUCUGGUGGAAAGCUGGCCCCACCUCCAGCACCAAGCAGUGACCCUAAAUCCAGUUCAUUGUGUGAGCCAGAGGGACAGGCAGGGAUGCUGUUCCUGUUCCUGUCAGACCUCGGUUCUCGUGGUAACCACUACACCUAUGACCCUGGAGGGAAAGAGCUACUGCGACAGCUCAGAAACCUGGGGUCAGCCUUAAGCAGGAAGAAACUGAAGUGUCCAUCCUGCUGCCAGGAUCCCUGGCUGCCAACUGUGGACCCUAGUGGAUGGACAGCUCUGAGAGGCCCCGUCCACGUKAAGGCAGUAGAGAUGGCCCUGAAGGCCUAGCACCACCUAGUGGAGGGGAAUGGAAGAGCGGCUGCUCAGAGGCCAGAACCUGGUCCUCCCACUGUCAUCUUCUGACCUCAUAGAAGCCCCAAGCAGCAAAUUCUACAGUUUUUCCUGAAGAAAAUUUAGUUAAAAUAAUUCUAUUAUUUUAUCUAUUAUAUUAUCUGGAAUCAGGAUACUCCCUGGGAUCCCACUGUUAGCAAGAAAAGGCUCUCAGCUUGGACAGGGAAAAGUCCCAGGCAAAGGUAUUUCCAGCACUUUGCCUCUCCAUGCAGGUAAAAGGGAGAGGGCUGUGGGUUGCCUUGGGUAGGAAGACUCUAGCUCUAUUUUUUUUUUUUUUACCAACAUCGGGGUCUUCUUGUACCUCCUUUGUUAAGGACAGUGUCCAUAGACCCUCAUAACCAACCUCCUCAAGUUGAAUGACCAAGGCUGCAGGAUAGAUUUGUUCUCUCUAGUGACAGUUCCCUAGGGCCCCAAGGAGCCCACAGUUGGUGGGAUCAGAUGCCAUCUGGCGGAUACUUAUGGGUAGAAACAGUAUACAUGUCUGUAGCCUGGCUUGGCAGGACCCAGGAUUCCUAGCAGUGGGUCGGAGACAAAACCUAGAUCAUUUUGGGUUAAUAAAGCAGACUUUUGCAUAAAUUAUUUGGUGUUGCCAAACACCAACAAACAAAUACCUUAUGGCUCAGAUCUGGAAUCAGGAUACUCCCUGGGAUCCUACUGUUAGCAAGAAAAGGCUCUCAGAGGCAGGGAGUGCAAACGUUUCCUAACUGUUUACCAUGAAUCCUCAGCAGAUAAGCAGGUACAGGAGAGGGCUCUGGUGGGUGGAAGGGCCAACAAGGGAAUUCUGACCCUGAAAUCCUGCUCCUUCCCCUCUUAACCAGCAGUCCCAGGAGCUUGGAUUGGAAACAUCUCUAACAUAGUUUUCAGCCCCACUCCAAAAAUGGAGAAGCUGAGGUUAGGGGGAGCCCACGAACUAUUCAAGACUGCAUACUGGGGGUCCUGGCCGGGGUUUCUGACCYACAGCCUGGCUGGGAUUGUACACUUUACUCCAAGCCAUUGUGUGUUUGUGGACCACCAUUGUUUGAACAUACUAUGCAAUUCCAGCUGCCCAC